UAAAGAUGGCGGACGAUGACAGCAGAAAUGUUUACUCCAUGUUUUCGGAGAUACAAGAGCAUUUUUCCGACGAUCAAGAAAUUAGGGAGAACAUUAGAGUCGCUGUCCGUGCACUCGAACAAACUGGAAGAGAAGUGCUAGCAGUCAUGCAAAGCGCACAUCAAGAUCCAAGCAAAGACGCUGUCGGCAAAAUCUGUACCAAGAGCAGAGAAAUGCUAAAUAAUGUGAAGAAACAGUAUGCUACGUUAGAAUGCCAAUUUCCUAAAGGUCAAUAUUACAGGUAUUGUGAUCACUGGAGGUUCAUAAACCAGAGAUUAACAUUCUUGUCAGCUUUCAUCAUAUUUCUAGAAAAUGAAAGGCUUAUUACUAGAGAAGAAUUAGCUGAAAUGCUUGGAGUUCAUCAAAGUCAGGACCAAGGAUUUUUUGUUGAUUUAGAUGAUUAUUUGAUGGGAAUCUUACAACUUGCUAGUGAAUUGUCUCGUCUGGCUGUCAACAGUGUAACAUCCAAAGACUACAACCAGCCUAUCUGUAUAGCAUCAUUUCUAGCAGAAUUGGAUGCAGGAUUUAGGCUUCUAAACCUAAAGAAUGACUCAUUGAGAAAAAGAUUUGAUGGACUAAAAUAUGAUUUAAAGAAAGUUGAAGAAGUUGUUUAUGAUCUCUCCAUCCGUGGUUUAAAACCACCACCUUCAUGAUGUGAUGGUCAGCCAUGCAGGAUUGGAAUGGGUUUUCCUAAAGUUUAUAGUUAAUUUAUGAAUAAAGGAAUCAGAACAUUAUGGAAACAAACUUUACUUUUUUAUUAAAUUCUGCUGAAUGCAAGAGAAAUAAUAAUGAAGCCUGUUUUUACAAAGUAAAACACAUUACGAACAAUGACUAAAAUCACAGUGUAUUCUACAAGUGAUACUUUAUCAAAGAGAGUUAUGCAAUGUUCAUUCAAAAUAUUACUCAAUAAAGAGUGUUUUAAAAAGAUCUAAUCAGGUGAUCUUAGAAUACUAAAUUUAAAUGAAUGGUGUUCAUUGGACAUUUUUUUACAAUACAAACUACCGAUAUGACAAAAAGAAAUAAUUUUAAUUAUUAAAAGGUUACUAUUAUCAUGAAGUUUCACAAGGUGCUCUUUGCCUUUUGAAACUUUUUUCACGUGAAGCUAUGUUGUGUCUAUUGAACAAAAAUGCAGUUUUUCAUGUAAUGUUUUGUAAGGGUCAGUAGGUAGUUGACUGUCUGACAAACAAUAUAAAAAGGUGUAAAUCUAC